GGCGUGGACGUGUACUGGAGCCGCGAGGACAAGCGCUUCGCCGUGGUCUGGCUGGCCGUCUGGUCGGUGCUCUGCUUCCUGUCCAGCGCCUUCACCGUGCUCACCUUCCUCAUCGACCCCGAGCGCUUCCGCUACCCGGAGCGCCCCAUCAUCUUCCUCUCCAUGUGCUACUGCGUGUCCUCCCUCGGCUACAUCAUCCGCCUGUUCGCGGGCGCCGAGAGCAUCGCGUGCGACCGGGACAGCGGGCAGCUGUACGUGAUCCAGGAGGGGCUGGAGAGCACGGGCUGCACCCUGGUCUUCCUGGUGCUCUACUACUUCGGCAUGGCCAGCUCGCUCUGGUGGGUCGUCCUGACGCUCACCUGGUUCCUGGCCGCGGGCAAGAAGUGGGGCCACGAGGCCAUCGAGGCGCACAGCAGCUACUUCCACCUGGCGGCCUGGGCCAUCCCCGCCGUCAAGACCAUCCUGAUCCUGGUGAUGCGCCGCGUGGCGGGCGACGAGCUCACGGGCGUCUGCUACGUGGGCAGCAUGGACGUGCACGCGCUCACGGGCUUCGUGCUCGUGCCCCUGGCCUGCUACCUGAUCCUGGGCACGUCGUUCCUGCUGUCGGGCUUCGUGGCGCUGUUCCACAUCCGGCGGGUGAUGAAGACGGGCGGGGAGAACACGGACAAGCUGGAGAAGCUGAUGGUGCGCAUCGGGGUGUUCUCGGUGCUCUACACCGUGCCCGCCACCUGCGUCAUCGCCUGCUACUGCUACGAGCGCCUGCACACGGAGCGCUGCCACGCGCACGGAGGCGGCGGCGGCGGGAUUUACAAAAAAGCCCAGCACCCCCAAAAGGCGUACCCCGGCAAGUAUGAGCUGCCCGCACAGCCGCCGGCCUGCGUGUGAACCGGCCAGAAAAAAACAAAACAAAAAACACACACACACAAAAAAGCCAGGAAACUUUCCCGCGGGGAGACGGUGGCCGGCGGAGCCAAACUUGGUGCUUUUCUUGGUUGGUUGGUUUCUUGUUGGUUUGGUGUUUUUUUUUAAAUAAAAGUUUAAAAAGUAAUAAUAA